CUAGAAGAAAAGAUCGUGACCGUUAAUCGUCCGUCUCACGAUGUUAUCUCUUUAUCGGAACCCUCCUGUAUGCAGUGAGGAAGAAGACCACAGCAACGGCGGCGGCGCUUUAAGGAUAGUCAAGUUUGUCUCUAGUAAUACCGGUGAAGUUGUGUUUGUUUAGGGGAAGAGGAUGUUGAUAGUUAAAAAGAAAUGUUGUGAAGCAUUUAACCCGGGUUCUAUCUUUUUGAUGAAAGAAACUUUUGGUAAUGUAGAUAGGAUGAAGCUAGAAGAGAAAAGGCUAAGGAUAUGCAGGGUUUUGAUGGAAUUUUUUCUUCUAAAAUUAGAAAAAUGAUUAGCUGGUUAAAUGGAAAGAAGCCAAUGGAUUGAAGGUGUUAUAUUUGGGAUCUCAACCUUAUUUACGUAUAUGUGGCAAAUAUACGCUAGGUUGCAUCAGCAAGGCAUUUCAGCUUGCAUCCAAUGUGGUAUCAAAUGUGCCAUGAGUGAAGUUUGUGUACAAGUCAGAGUGGAUCAAUAUAAUUUUUUCAAAGAGAUGCACUUCAGAUAUUAUUUACCAGAGACUUCGAGAUGAGACACGAAGAAAUUCAAGGAAGGAUUUACAAACUAGUGAAGUGCAACAAUGGCACCUCUUAUCAUACAGGCAGUAAACAAUAUGGGGAAAGGAAGGAACAGGAAGAGAUCUAAGAGCGAUCAGCAAACACCUGGGAGUGUUGAAAAAAGUACAGUAACCCCCAACACAGGUGGUUCGAAAGCAAAAAAUGAACCGGUAACCCCCAAGCCUGAGGCUAAGGUUGCAGCCGAGACUCCUGCAGCAAAAAAUGUGAGUCAAAAUAACAAAAAAAAUGCUCCUCAGCAAGGAAAGAAAGAAGAAGACAGUGGUAAGGAUAAGCUAGCUGGGCUGAUUUUUAUGUGCAACUCUAAAACCAAGCAGGAUUGUUUUCGAUAUCGUGUCUUCGGCUUGCCUCCAAGUAAGAAAGAUCUUGUGGAAAAGGUUAAGCCAGGGAUGAAACUAUUUUUGUUUGAUUUUGAUCUGAGAAUGAUGUAUGGUAUAUACAAGGCUUCAUCUACUGGAGCUAUGAACUUGGAGCCAGAUGCUUUUAGAGGGUUCAAAUUUCCUGCUCAGGUUCGCUUUCGUAUUCAUAAAGACUGCUUACCAUUGGGUGAAGAUAUUUUCAAGAAAGCAAUCAAAGAUAACUACAAUGAGAAGAACAAAUUUAAGUUUGAGCUUAAUCCUCAACAGGUGAAGAAGCUCACUGAGUUAUUCCGACCUGUAAGAAUUGACGCUCGUGCGCCAGUUGAACAUCCAAUCCAAAUGGAUCCAAGACCAGUAAGACCACCUCCACCUUUACUACCUGAGUAUGGAUAUAUUGGUGGUGAUGUAAGGGAAGAACUGCGAAGAGAUGAAAUUCUGAGGGAAGAGUUACGAAGAGAAGAAUUGCGGAGGGAAGAAUUGCGAAGAGAGGAUUUCAGGAGGGAAGAAAUAAGGAGAGAGGAAAUUAGGAGGGAGGAGAUGAUGUUGAUGGAAAGGGAAAGGGAGUUACUACGCUAUCGGGAGGAAGCUGCCAGGAGAACGGUACAUGCUGAUCAUAAUCCUCAGGCUCCACUAUCUGCAUAUGGGCUUGAUCCAGUUAUUUCUGAAAGGGACCUGUAUAGGUAUGGUGGUGGCAGAGAUCUGGCUCCUCUCACGGCAUCUGAUCCAUAUUCGGGUCUACAGGCUAUAGAUUCAUAUGCUUCUGCUUUUCAGAAACAACUCCCAGUAGAUCAACUCUCGGCUGGUGUUGGUUUACCUGAGUACAGAAACAGGUUAGACCCGAAUAUUGAUUCUGUUUAUCGGCAGGGGCUGGAUUUCGACUAUCGAAAGAGAUUGGCUGAUGUUCCUGCUGAAAGCUAUUAUGCUGACCCUCUGUUACAGAGGGAUGCACUACGUCGGGCAGACAUAGGGGCAUCUGUUUCUGGAGUUGCCUCAUAUCCUGGAGCUCUUGGUGGUUCUUCAUCACUGUACCGGUAGACUCAAGAGCUUGAACAUUCUGGGUUGAAUUUAUAUUUUGUUUUCUUAGUAACAUAGAAGCAUUAGAAACAGUCGGGUCUGUUCUAAUUCGCAUAAAAAUGUUAUUUUGUUUGAGUUCUACUACCACGGAUUUCUAAGAUGUUGCAUGCGGUAGUUGAUUUGCAUCUUCCGUGGGAUCUCCGUCCGUCUGGUGAAUUUUUAUGAAACUGCCUAAAUUUAAACGUUCCGGAUUUUACCUGGUUAUAAAUUUUUCUUGAAGGUAAACUAAAUUUAUGAUUUUCAGAGUA